GGGACUUAUUGAGCGAAAAGGUGGCUUAUCACAUCGUUAUCCAAUCUCGUUCAACCUAAGUUGAUCCGAAGAGAUCCGAGUUGUUCCGACCUGAACCGAUCUUAAUUCGAUCAGCGACGAUCACUUAUUCCACACUAGAUACAUACCGGGGCAAAGGACAUAACAAUAUAUCGUUAUGCUGUACAUGUAGAGCCAUGUAAGAAACAACAUUGUUGAAAGUUCAUAUCACAUAACAUGCUCUGUAAACAAACAUUUCCUUGGGUGCCAGUUUUUGCAUAACGACAUUAUUUGCGAAGAACCACCGUCUUUGUUACCGGUUGAAUAAUCGAUAAUGCCAUUAACUACUGAAUAACUUACAGCCAGAUCUACUAAACUUGACUCGACGCCAUGGAGGAUUUGACUGAAGUGCUUCGCGCCGGAGAAACGGUCGUCAAACGUCGAAGACAAAGCCGAAGGCGAAGGGAGAAUACAGUAAGUAUUUGAGCUCGUUCAAUUCUUUAAAGUUUCCAAAAAUAAUUUUGGUAAUUGCGGUGCAGUGCACGAGUGUUAACCGAUGCUUUGUUCGAUAAUUAGCUAGUAAAUAUGCCGUGCGAUUUUACGAUGAAUUACUGCUCGUACGCACCAGAGAGGCCCUUCACUUGAAACACUGAUCUGAAUCUCAUCUGAGAGUGUGGUCUGCUUGAAUUCUCAGAGGCAGUCAUGAUAGCGUAACUGAGUUUGAAGUUCGCUCAAAGUUAGUGUAUUAUGAUAUGCAAGAUGAUUAAAUUUGUGGCUGAAAGUAACUGGAUUUUCAUGGGUCUCUUACGAAAUGAAUCAGACCACGAUGAAGUCUAGAGAUAACCUGAGAGCUUUUACUGACUCUCGUGAUAUUCGUGGAUUUGCCGCACUCCGCAGGUAUCACUCAGUCUCAAGUCCAUAAUUUAAUUUUGGCAGCACGACAAUAUUUAUCUUCCAAAAAUAACAUUCCCUUGACGAUUGAGAUCAUUUGAGAGUCAAGAAGUAAUAGAAUCAGAAGGUGUCAAGUUUGGUAACUGUUUAUUACGUUCGAAACACUGAGAUCAGGAGACAACGUGCGGGUGACUUGUUCAGGGGUCAGUAACAGUCAUGACAAUUAUUAAUACCUUGGGGCGCCUUCCGAAGUGUUAAGCCUCCGGUUUCUGGUUUGAGAUAAUUGUUAUCCUCCCGUGUCAAAAAUAAGAGAAAAAAGAUAGAUACAAUACAACCAAAUCAAAACAGACUCAAGAAGGAAAGCAUCGUUAAUAAGUCAGCGACCUAUGUGCUACGACACGUAACGGCCUUUCACAACAGUAGCUGUUACCCUGAGUUAGGUCACCAUUUUAGCAUUCUAAUUGAACAAACUGCGCUGAAUAAAAGGUUGUAGUGAGCACCAGCUUUCGGCUGCCGUCCGCUUCUCAAAAACGUUUAUUGCGUUCCGUUGGGUCGGUUAAAUUGAUUUUAAAGAAAAAUAGUUUUAUUUGCUGUGUAGUUUGUAGUUUUAAGCUGGGUCGACAUUUGAUCUAAUUUUUAAGAUACUAAACGCAAAAAGGAACAAAAAUAGAAGAGAAAAAUUUAGCCGCUGGAGUGUCUUUAACCCUAUAACCCCUAAUGAAGAGUGAUUAGUAACCAUUUUCCUCUAUUAGUAUCAGUCCUAAAACAAACAUUGAGGUCAUGAGAAUAAAGGAAAUGAUCACCAACUAAAGAAGCUCUUGAUUGUUAACCAAAUUCUCUUUGUCAGUACCAUGGGAAAUGUAUAGAGAACAGUAUGGAGAAUAUGUAAACUGAUGUUAGGGUGUAAAGGAUUAAUAACUCCCACUUGUUUGAAACAGCGCGCGUGCGGUUACUCACGUUUUUCCAUCGCUCGCCUCCCAUGUUGAGCGUCUGGUGACGAUACAUCAGAUGAAGAUUUUGCUACUGGGUGGACUUUGGCGCUGAGCCAAAUUGAUCAUGUGAGCGACACUAUUUAUCAGCCCCAAAGGUCUGCGCGUGAGGCGUGUAGGUCAGACUGAACGGUAACGAAAGAGACAAGGGUUUAUCAUGCGGGUUUCAUGUGGUUGCAAACUUUUCAACUGCUGAUGAGGAUACCAACCGUCAGUGUUACACUAAAUAUCAUAUAUGAAUUUUCCUCCAUCAGGCUACAAUUGAUUCUCGUAACUUUACGAAAGCAAAUUGGUUCUGUAGGAUGAUGUCUAUCCCAGCUAUCCCUGAAAGUCAAACUUCCGCCACUCUACGCGUCUUCACGAUGUGGUCUGCGGUCCUGGCCUACUUUAUCAGUGGUUUACUUGGCGUCGUCUUCCCUGAGCUGCUCUCUGCCUUGUUCUUCAUGAAAUUUACUGGCCGUGAUAAAGCGUACUGGAGGAUAAAUUGUGCUUUACUCACUGUUAUAGGUUUUCUCUACAUUGUUAUGGCGAAAUCUCGUCCUCUAAUAACUGGAAACGGUGCAAUUUUGGGAACCGUUCCCGAGAGGUUGCUUUUCGUUGUGGCAGUCUUGGUAUGGCUGUGUUACCAAUCCUUGCUCUCUUUACCCUUUGCAGCGGCAUUUUCGUUACUUGAUUCUGUGCUGGCAAUUGUAACAUACAUCAUUUGGUAUCGUAAUACUCCAGAAGCGUCUCUAAAAAAGUGUCUUGUGGAGAUAGGAAAGUUGAUGAUUCCCUUCCUUGGUCCCGCAAAAAAUUGGUCUUCGAACAUCGUGCAAAUAAUCAGCUAUUUAGAAAUGGUGAUAUCAGUUACCUUUAUGGUAAGGCCCGAUGUAGCGCGUGAUUUGAUGGGCCUGGACGCGUUUCAAGGCUUUUCAAGGGGCAUGGUAUCCCUGUUCUUCAUGCAGAUGGUGGUUAUUGGCUGGCUGCAAGUUUUGGGAGGAGGAGACGGAAACGAGGCCUGUCCGAUAGCAGCGGUGUUUUAUCGCAUAGCAUGGAAAGUACCUGUAGUUUCACUCAUGUACUAUUUCAAUCAUCUUGAACGAGGUUUUGCUCUUGCCGUGGCAGUUGCAGAUUUAGCAAGCGCAUCGGUUAUUUUGAUUUCACUUUGCGUUGAGGUGUUACCUUCCAAAAAGGACAACUGAUGUGAAAUAACUCAAGAGUGAGCGAUGUUUGAGCCGGAAACGAGCCUAAGUAACACGGUAAAACUGUGUGGAAGGACGAAGCUGAAAUAAUAUAUUAUAAGAGAAGAAUUUUUAAGGGUUACUCAGCCAUGAAGUUGUCCUCUCUACGAGAUAGGACGUAGCUUGAUUUAUAUGGGCACCAAAAUUCGUUUGAACAACAGUUUAAGUUUUACCACAUUAGGUCUGUGUUGAUUAUAUUAGUUUAUUAAACGAGGACAUUUAUCAUUGAAGGAUGUGUUGCAUUAUUGUCUCAUAGGGCUCGGUGUCCAGCUGUGGAGAGGAUCGCGAGC